UUUCCCCAACAAAAGAAUCUACAACCCCUUCUCUCUCCUACUCAUAAGAUCCAUGUCUUGCCAAACAACAUUCACAUGUCUUUGUUUCUUGUGAAACAAAAGAUAAAAUUAUUUCCAACUUUUUGCUUGAAGUUGGUUCUCCACUAACAACUGCCCCUCUCUAUCCACACAGCUAAACUCUUCUUCUAUGUGCUAAAUGCUAAUGCUCUGAAAGCAAAACUCUACCUCUACACCAUAAAGACACCAUUCGGACACUUCCCUCCAUUUUUUUACCAAAGUUGGCCAUGAAUCCCAUAACCCUCUUGCUUCUUUUACCCUUGUUUACACAGUUUUUGGAAGUUGAGCCUGCAAGACCCAAACCUCCAGGGAAAACCAGGUUCCCCAUCUCACAAAUCAGUGUGAUGGGUUUUGUUUAUUGUGAUUUCUGCUCCAACAACAGCUUUUCCCGACACAGCUACUUCUUGUCAGGUGCUGAGGUCAGAGUAGAUUGCAUGUUCAAAGCACUCUCUGAGAAAACUGCAGAACAGAUUUCACUUUCAGUGAACAGAACAACCAAUAAGUAUGGAAUGUACAAGCUAGAAAUCCCUUCAGUUGAUGGAGUGAGAUGUGCAGAAGAUUCUGAAGUCGUGUCUUCAUGCCAAGCAAGCUUAAUAGAGAGUUCAUCUUCUGCUUGCAAUGUUCCUGGCUACAAAACUACUUCUAAUGUCAUAGCAAUCAAAGCAAGAAGAGCCAAUCUCUGCAUAUACAGCUUCAAUGCUUUAACUUUCAGACCACCCAAGAAGGACAUCACCUUAUGUGGUAAUUAAAAGAAGCAGCCUACACAAGUAGCCUAGUGCUUGGUUACUUGUGUAUACAUACAAAUUCCAAGGAAAAAAAAACUCAUAAUGUUCUCUUUUUCCACUCCAUUGAGAACAUAGAUCUCUUCUCUCACUUUCUCUGCCUCUUCAUUGUUUCACUGCAUUAUUUGUUUGGUAAUACUAUUAU